GACGAAGACCAACGCUCACAGCUCAAGCAAGACUCACUGUGAAGCACAUCAACAAGCAAGGAUGGCCCUGAGUGUUUCCUUCCCUGCGAUGCACGUGAUGGAGAGGAGCGUCUGGCCAGGCUGGCCUAUUUGGAAGCCCUGCGGUGAAAGUCUCUUCCAGCAGCUGCAGCGAGACAUGAGGAGCGAGAUGGAGAGGAUGGAGAGAAUCUUCCGUGGAGUCGGUCAGCUCAGCAGCCACACGUGGGCUCCGGACAGCCUCAGAAACGCGCUGCAGCAGCAGCCGGCCGUGAGCAGUGGGUUCCAGAUUGAAGAUCCACAGGAGCAGGGAGACGGGUUUGUCACGUCCCUGGACGUGCAGGACUUCUCCACGAAGGACCUGGCCGUGAAGGUGUCUGGAGACAAGCUGGUGGUGGCUGGACGGCGCGAGGUGAAGAGCGGAGAAGUCGGCAGCGGCAGCUACAGCCACAGCUGCCAGGAGUUCCACAGGGAGACGCAGCUGCCCAGGGACGUGGACCCGCAGAGCGUGAGCUGCUGCUUGACCCAAGACGGGAAGCUGAAGGUCAAGGCUCAGCGCCGCGCCCUCCCUGCAGCGGCCGAGAGGGUGGUGGCCAUUGAGCAGCCAGCGACAUCGACUCCUGGCACGGCCUCAUCCCCAGUCGCCCACCUUCCUAUCUACGCUGCCACCCUUGCAUAGAAAGUGACUUUGAGAAUCUGUUUCAAUAUGACUUUUUGUAUUGCUAUGUUCAAUGUUUGGGAAUGUUUCUUUAAUUUAUGCAAUGACGUUGUUAUGCCUCACGACAGGUGUCUUGCCUCACGGCAGAUGUGGGGCGUAUGUACACAGGAAUUUCCUGUUUUUGAUGCUAAGUUUGGUCACGUGACCAGGAAGUUGCGAUUUAAGAUUCCCGCUCAACCACGCGGGCGUCGGCCAUUACACACAUAAUUCAAGAUGGCGGCACACAUCGCGUCCCAGUGAAGCCAGCUGCAAUUUGUCCAUUGUGGGACUUUAAGAAGCAUUGUCUGUAAGUUCGUUUAUGUUCUUAUAAUAUUGGCAAUGAUGUUAUAAUGUUAGAAUGACCGUUAUAAUGAUGUAAAUGCCUUUAUAAUGCUGUUAAAUUGUUAUGAUAAAUACGAGGCCUAGUUAACAACGAAGCCUGCAACUUUCCUUAUUGUGAAUGUUACUUGUAAUUUAAUAAGUCGAGUCAAACUUGUACCCAAGUAACUUUAUUGCGAUCUGGAGAGCAAGGAUGACGAAAUGUCUCAUUCAUAGUGCAGUGUUAUGUGUAGUACUGUACAUCUGGGGUGCAGUGUGAUGAUAACACGGUGUGUCUUUAUGUAACACAAUAGCUUAUGCUCUUGCACAGCUAUUCAGUGGUAAUGUAGGUGCCUGGUCCAUCCAGGAUUUAUUGUUGAGAAACAUGUUAUCUAAGACAAUGUUAUGAUGCUGUGGUGUUCAUUCAUUGUGUUGGUGUUUCCGGGUAUUAACAGAUGCUGUAUCUGUGCUGUUUUCUUACCAGUUUUACCUCGUUAAAUUCAAUAAAUGACGUUUGGAGUCGGACGUUCA